UGGCGAUCAGUCCCUGCUUGGCGUCGCUCGUAUAAGGAGGUACUCGCACUCUCCCGUUCGAAUCAAAUUCUACCAGACUUUAUCGUUACUUUGUGUUAAUAAUCUAGAGCAUAUUCUCUAUAUCGUGUGCGCGUGUUCUUGUGGUUGCAACAGGAUUAUCUUCGGUGGUGAAGUCGGAUUUAUGAGUUGGAUUUAUGUGUCAGCCCAAGUAAACAAUGAAUUUGUACGCAGUUUGACGGCGUGCAAAUUUGUUUAUGUUCGUGUUUGCCGCAUCGGUGCAGUUUCGAGAAUGGUGUGACGUGAAGCAAAACAUCAACAAGGGAAGAGGAUUCGGUGAAUGUCUCAAUCGAUGUCAUACGGGCGGUCGAGGGUUCAUUUAUCUUAAUAGAGAGUGAAGUGGUUGUUCAAACUGGUGUACUUCUGGUGUUUAUCGACGAUUCCGACCGGUGGUUUUGGUGUUUUGUGCUAUGCUGUCAGAUUGUGUUGAGUGAAUUGAUUGAAUAGAUCAGGCUAUUUUGUGUCAAGUGAUAAUUUCCGAAAAAGUGAUUGAUGGUAUGAAGCGUCCCUUAACGAGUGAGCAGUCCGUCAAAUCUGUCACCCGUUGGAUUAAUUGUCGCGUCGUCGUGUAGUGCCGUACGGUCUUCUGGAGCAGGAUUAAACGUUCUGGCUGUCGAAUUUGCAUCGUUUCUCGCUGCUGCGCAUCAAAAUGCAACUGCCCCCGUGGAGGACGGGCAGCACGAAGCAGCUUCUAUGAGGUGCCUUAAAAAGAAGAUGAGCCAGGUCUUCUCGCUGACCCAGAGAUACAAGCGGACACUUCAAGCAAUGGCGGCCGGCGUUUUUCUGAUCUAUAUGACACUGGUUCUGUACCAGAAUGUCUACGGCUACAGCAGCGGCAGUAAUGGACAGGAACUCCAGUACGGUACAGCAGAUCCAGCAGCAGUCGAACCUGAAAAUGUGAUAGCCAAACGGGAUAACAGUGUAAAUAGUGUCAACGGCAAUAGCCAUGUGAUCAAUAGUGUUAGUGGUGCAGUGCAAAGGCCCAGUUCGCCCGCUUCCUACCCGACACGGUUCGAUAAGGCCUACUACGACUAUCAGAAUGGGCAGCUGUCGGUGACGGGUACACCGAAGCCGCCUACGACCGAGCUGGACGAUCUGCUAAUCAGUGUCAAAACCACCAAGGGCUACCACGACACCCGGCUGGAGAUGAUCAUCAAAACGUGGUACCAGCUGGCGAAGGAACAGACGUGGUUUUUCACCGACACCAACGAUCAGCACUAUCAGAAGUUGACGAAUGGUCACAUGGUCAACACCAACUGCUCGCAGGGACACUUUCGUAAGGCGCUCUGCUGCAAGAUGGGCAAGGAGUACGAGUUCUUUCUCGACAGUGCCAAAAGAUGGUGGUGCCAUUUCGAUGACGACAACUACGUGAACGUGCCCCGGCUGGUGCGGCUACUGGACGAGUACAGCCCCACCCAAGACUGGUACCUGGGGAAGCCCAGCAUCUCCUCGCCGUUGGAGAUUUUUCUAGAUAAUACCAAGUCAUCGGCGGAGGUGAACAAAAAGGUCACCUUUUGGUUCGCUACUGGUGGAGCCGGAUUCUGCAUUAGCCGGGCGCUGGCACUGAAAAUGUUACCGAUAGCUAGCAGCGGCAAGUUCAUGGCCAUAGGCGAUAAGAUUCGCUUCCCCGAUGACGUCACCAUGGGUUUCAUCAUCGAGCACAUCCUGAAUGUUCCUUUAACCGUGGUGGAUGCGUUCCAUUCCCACCUAGAACCAAUGGAGUUCAUCCGACCGGAAACGUUUCACGAUCAGGUCUCCUUCAGCUACGCCCGGAUGAAGAACGAGUGGAACGUGGUCAAGGUGGACGGGUUCGAUCUGAAAACGGACCCGAAACGGAUCUACUCCCUGCACUGUCAUCUCUAUCCGUUCUUCAGUAUAUGUCCGAAAACGAUCAAACGAAGAUGAUGAGAACGACGGUAGCUACGCCACCGAGCAACCGCGGGGCCCUGGGUCCCCUCGCGGAACCGACCUCUGUACAGAUAGCGAUAGGGGAGCGCAAAACCAAAAUGUUUCGUCGUGUGUCACGGUCGUUUAUGAAACCACGCGACGCGGGGGAAAGAAUAGGAACGGCUUUCGUCCCGGUUCGGACGAAAACAAAACUACAUUCUGUCUGUGAUUAAACUAUUAAGUUUUAUGGUAAGAAUAAUGCGGAAAAGGGAAAGCGAAUUCAUUCGAAAAUCAUGUGAACAUGUGAAUAAGGGCCUACCUAAAAGUGUAGGUCAUCUAGUCUCACUUAAACUCGAACGUGUGUAUGAAAGAAUUAGGAAGACAGAUUAUUAACUGAAGAAAAUAAUAAAACUAGAUACGAGCAGUUGCACUGUCCUGUAACAAUAAGUGGUAGCUUGAAAAUCAAGUUCUUCCUGUUAGCUCUUAGGGAUGCAAAAACUACUGUGCAAAAGCUAAUGAAGUGUAAAUAGUAAUUCGAAAAAUAAGCGUACUAAAAUGGUCCUCGAAACGAUGUGCUCUAAUAGAAGUUAUAUGUGUAUAAAGUUAAUGCAGCAAUAAUCCUAGAAUCAACCUGUAAAUUUGACGACGAAAGUAGCAUUUUUGUUUUUAUAUUGUAUGCAACGAUUGAUUAUUGUUAACGUAAAGCGAAAUUGUGUUAAUAAACUAGUA